GUACUGCCCCAGGCUCCCUCCUCUUCCUCCUCCCUCUGGUUACUAAGGACUCUCUGACUCCUAUAAAAUAGGGCACAGGGAAGGCAGGUGAGAUCAGAACUCCAAUAUCCGAGCACAUAACUAAUCGGAACUAGGAGACUAUCUGCCAACAACAUGAGGGAAUGUAUCUCAGUACAUGUGGGGCAGGCCGGAGUGCAAAUUGGCAAUGCAUGCUGGGAGUUAUAUUGUCUGGAACAUGGGAUCCAACCAGACGGUCAGAUGCCCAGCGACAAAACCAUUGGUGGAGGAGAUGAUUCCUUCAACACCUUCUUCAGUGAGACAGGAGCUGGGAAGCAUGUCCCUCGUGCUGUGUUUGUUGACCUGGAGCCAACUGUGAUUGAUGAGGUUCGGACAGGUACCUACCGCCAGCUUUUCCACCCUGAGCAACUCAUCACAGGCAAAGAAGAUGCUGCCAAUAACUACGCCCGUGGUCAUUACACCAUCGGCAAGGAGAUAAUUGACUUGGUGCUGGACAGAAUCCGCAAACUGGCUGAUCAGUGCACUGGACUCCAGGGCUUCCUCAUCUUUCACAGCUUUGGAGGCGGUACUGGCUCUGGAUUCACCUCCCUUCUGAUGGAACGUCUCUCUGUUGACUAUGGCAAGAAGUCCAAGCUGGAAUUCUCUAUCUAUCCAGCCCCUCAAAUCUCUACAGCUGUGGUGGAACCCUACAACGCUAUCCUCACCACCCACACAACCCUGGAACAUUCUGACUGUGCCUUUAUGGUGGAUAAUGAAGCCAUUUAUGACAUCUGCAGAAGGAACCUUGACAUUGAACGUCCAACCUACACCAACCUGAACCGUCUGAUUGGCCAGAUUGUUUCAUCUAUCACAGCUUCCCUCAGAUUUGAUGGAGCUCUGAAUGUGGACCUGACAGAAUUCCAAACCAACUUGGUACCCUACCCCCGUAUCCAUUUCCCUCUGGCCACCUAUGCCCCUGUUAUCUCUGCAGAGAAAGCUUAUCAUGAGCAGCUCUCUGUAUCUGAGAUCACAAAUGCUUGCUUUGAGCCAGCCAAUCAGUUGGUGAAAUGCGACCCCCGUCAUGGUAAAUACAUGGCCUGUUGCCUGUUGUACCGUGGUGAUGUGGUGCCCAAAGAUGUCAAUGCUGCUAUUGCCACAGUAAAAACCAAGCGCACCAUCCAGUUUGUUGACUGGUGCCCAACUGGUUUUAAGGUUGGUAUUAACUACCAGCCACCAACUGUGGUUCCUGGUGGGGAUCUGGCAAAAGUUCAGCGUGCUGUGUGCAUGUUAAGUAACACCACCGCCAUUGCUGAGGCCUGGGCUCGCCUGGAUCACAAGUUUGACCUUAUGUAUGCCAAGCGUGCCUUUGUGCACUGGUAUGUAGGGGAGGGAAUGGAGGAAGGGGAGUUCUCUGAGGCCCGUGAAGAUAUGGCUGCCCUGGAGAAGGAUUAUGAGGAGGUUGGUACUGACAGUGUGGAGGGAGAGGGAGAAGGAGAAGAGGGAGAAGAGUACUAAAAGUAUGCCUAAAGUAAUUCAGACAUUACUGUGUGAGAUGAAUAUGUGUGUAGACAAUGACAGAUAUCAGCUUUAAAAAAAUAUUAAUAAAAGUUAUACAACACA